GGGAAGCGGAUCAGACGUCACUCGGCCAAUCGCCUCUCAGCAGAGGCUUUCCGUCAUGGCGUCUAUGCAGAAAAGAUUACAAAAAGAACUGAUGGCGUUGCAAAGUGACCCUCCACCUGGAAUGACACUGAAUGAAAAAAGCGUGCAGAACACAAUCACAGAGUGGUUUAUAGAUAUGGAAGGUGCUUCAGGUACUCUUUAUGAGGGGGAGAAGUUUCAGCUGCUCUUCAAAUUCAGUAGUAGAUAUCCUUUUGACUCACCUCAGGUGAUGUUCACUGGAGAGAAUAUACCCAUCCAUCCACAUGUCUAUAGCAAUGGUCACAUCUGUUUAUCUAUAUUAACGGAAGAUUGGUCACCGGCUUUGUCUGUGCAGUCGGUUUGUUUAAGCAUUAUUAGCAUGCUGUCAAGCUGCAAAGAAAAGCGGCGUCCUCCAGAUAAUUCAUUUUAUGUAAAGACAUGUAAUAAAAAUCCAAAGAAAACAAAAUGGUGGUAUCAUGAUGAUACAUGCUAGUAUCCAAGUGCAUCAUUGUGUUACAGUAUAUGGACAGACUUUUAAAGUACAUCAAGUAUUUUAUAUAAAUUGUUGGAUUAGAAUUGAACCAGCAGACUGUGGCUAUUUGUGUGUGGAUUGGGCAUGCUGACUGGAAAAGAUGCAUAAAAACUGCAGGAAUGUAACCCACCCAGCAAGCAUAUUUUGAUGGAUGAAAGAUGUGGAGCUCUUUUGUUUCAAAUUUUGUAAUGUUUGAUUCAUGUUGUAUUAUUUCUUUAUAAGCCUUUAAGGGUUUUAUUGUUUGUGCAAUAAUAACUUGAGCUUGGGUUUGAAAUAAAAGGAAGGACGGUGCAAAUCAGAGAUCUAACUGCUGUAAUGGAUCCAUCAGCAAAAGCAGAGACAAAAGUCGACCUUCGCCUUGCCUGGUUACGCACUGUGAACUUUAAACAGUGCAACAUUUUGAAUUAAUAUUGUAACAUAUACCCAUAGUUUCUUUUAUGAAAUAAGCCAUUUUUAGUUGAAUAUUGUUGUUGGAUGUGGUGUACAGUACAGUAUAGGACUAUUUUGAUAAAUGCACAAUUUACUGAUAUGUGCAGAUUUGAUGAGGGGUGAUAUAUGACCUGAAAUGUAAUAUGGAAUUACAGAAAAAUGCUUUAUGGGAUAAGAUAAGCUCCGGUUUUAUAGACAGACAACUUUUGCGUGGUUAAAACAAAGAUAAAUUUUAGACAUAAUCACUUGAUCUUUUAUGUAAAGCUAUAUCUAGCUAUAUUAAAAUUGACCGUUUGAUUUAAUGGUUAAAUAUGUUGUGGUGGGAGUGUUUCUUUUAAAAAGAUAACUUUUCCCUGCACCUAGUUUAGAAACCGUUAUGUUUGUUUUCAUGGUUUUGAUAACUUUAUUUAUUCCUAUUAAAGUAAUAUAUUUUGAAA